UCUCUUUUUCAAUAUACGAGAGAGAGAGAGAGUGUUUGUUAAAAAGCUUUCUUUCCAUUUUUAUGCUCUCUUUUUAGUUUUUAUAUUAUUCCAUCUUCAAUCGAACCUUCUAAUCACUCUUGUAGCUCUGUUUCUGAUUCUCUCUCUCCAAAAUCAGACCAAUGAAUUUUUGUUUUGUCAAUAUCAAAUUCACUUGUUUGAAUUACACGCAUUUUAUGGUUUUUGUUUAAUUUUCUUGGAUUUUGAUUUUAGUUCAUCGGCAUCUUUUUUGUUCUUUUACUUCAGUUUUGACUCUCUACUACUCUACUACACAGCUUUCUAAUGAAGUUACCUUGAAAUUACUAGAAGUUCUGAUCCAUCGGUCAUCAACCUUCUGAUAAGGGACAAGUAAAUUGUUGAAUAUGGGGUGCAUAGUGUCUACACCAAAGGACUCCGGUGGAAAUAGGAGGAGACCAGGGAGUAUAGGGGAAGUUUUUGUUUACAUACCAGGUUUUCGGAUACCAAAACCUGUUGAUUUCUCUACAUCCCUUGGUGACCACUUGUCGAAGAAUUUAGUGGAACGCAUAUCUGCUUUAAGAACUCGAAUUGUAGUUAUGGCUGCCCAAGAAGCACCAACAGUCACAAGAACAAAGAGAAAAAAUGCUACUCAACAUGGAGGUUCAACAUUGGCUGAUCUUCAUCAGGCUCUUGAAGAUUACUUGCCCGUUCUGUUGGGACUAGUUAAAGAUGGAAGCCAUCUACAGCACAAGGUGCAAUUUGUGUGGAUAAAUCAAGAAGAUGAUGCAGAGGAAACAGCCAUGUCUAAUGCAUGGUAUGAGGUGUUGUCAGUUUUGCACUUAAUGGCAAUGCUAUUGUUGUCACAAGCCAACCUGUUACUGUUUCCAAGAAUAUCUGCUGAUGGUUAUCAACCAAAAGUAUCGGCAGAGAGCAGGAGGGCAUCCAUUGAUAUUUUCUUGAAGGCUGCAGGAUACCUGGAUUGUGCUGUCCGACAUGUGCUCCCACAGUUUCCUCCUGCUCUAAGGAGAGAUUUGCCAGUGGACUUGGCAGAAGGAGUACUUAGAGCACUUUGCCUGCAAGCAUUGGGACAGGUUGUCGAUAUCCAACUUGGAAUGGCGAUUGAUAGUGCCAAAGCCACACUUGCAGUGAAGCGGAGGCUUGCAUGUGAAAUGGUAAAGUAUUGGCAGCAGGCCCAAGAUAAUAUAAUGAAUCUUCCAUUAUCAAAUGGUUGGGGAGAAAAGCACAGACUCUUUGUGAAAUGGAAAUAUGUGGAAGCAAAGGCUGCAGCAUAUUAUUAUCAUGGCUUGAUCCUCGAUGAGGGCAACACAGAGAAAUCUCAUGGGAUGGCUGUAGCUGCUUUGCAAGCUGCAGAUGAAUAUUUUAAGGAGAGUAGGAGGGCAUGUGAGACAUUUAAUGCAGCUUCUCCUACGUCGAGAAAUCCUCCGCUUUGGGGAACUGUGAAAUAUCUCUCAGAGAAAAUUCCGAAAGAUGCUUCUAGCAAGGUCCGAAUAAACCGCGAUCUAUACUCUUAUGAAAAAAUUAUGGAGACAGCGCCAACUUUGCCUGAUUUCGCUUUGUCCUUGAAACCCGACGAAUAUCAGCUUCCUGUGGUGGAUUCCUCAUGGAAUGAAGAGAAUGUGAAUAGAGGAGGGUAAAGCCAGUUUCAUUCAAAGAUAGGCCAUCUGCAAUAUUUUUAGAAAGAAACAGUAUACAAGAGCUAUCUCAAACUUGGAAUGGAAUGGUACUUCAAACAAGUGCAUCAUUCUUCAAUUGUGUGUACCAAAGGUCCGCUUCAGCCCAUCAAUUUUUCUUUUUUUGCCUUCCCUAAUAUAUUUUCUUUUCUUUUCCUUACCUAAAUGAUUUGUAUCUUCCCCUGUGAUAAGAGCUUUGUACAAGUUCCUGUUGUAAGCAUGAAAAGGAAUGGUUUUCCUUGGGUGUAAAAUUUCAACAUAGCAAUAAAAGCAGAUUAUGUCUCUCUACA